ACGUCCGAGAUCCAGAACAAAACUCUGCCCACUUUCCCAUCAGCGCCGCGCGUCUCUCCGCCGGUGCUCGCAGCCAGGGAUGGACCGCCGGCUCCGGUGAAACAAGCAAAAACCAAACCAAGCAAACAAACAAACCAACAAACCAACAAGUGAACCCACCCAGCUCAGGAGUCCAGCCUGCGCCUGGAGCUGAGCCCGACCCGCCGGACCUAUGUGCCGGCCCGCGGGCCCGCGUCGGUGGGACAUCCGGGAUGAGGAGACGACCCUCGCUGGCUCCGUAGCACGGGCAGGAGGCUCCACAUAGCCCCCCGCACGAGAUGGACUUCAAGAAGACAACAUUUGGGAGGUACAUGAACUGCAGGGUGCCGGCCAGCAAGAGAUACCAACCCACUGAGUAUGAACAUGCUGCCAACUGCGCCACGCACGGGCUGUGGAUCCUCCCCAGCCUGGUGGGCGGCUCCGUCCUCUACUUCCUGUCUGUGGACACAUGGCAGAAGGUCGCCGCCUGGCUCUACGGGAGCGGCCUGACCGGCCUGUUUGUUACCUCCACGCUCUUCCACACCGCCGCCUGGAAGAUCAGCCAUCUCCGGAGGUUGGAGCAGCGGUUCCACAUGUGUGACAGAAUGGCCAUCUACUUCUUCAUCGCUGCUUCCUACUCUCCCUGGUUGAUGCUGAGGGAGCUGGGGCCGUGGACGUGCCACAUGCGCUGGCUGAUCUGGGUCAUGGCGUGUUUGGGAUCUGCGUACGUCUUCUUUUUCCACGAGAGGUACAAGCUGGUCGAGCUGGGGGGCUACGUGGCCAUGGGGGCUCUUCCUGCGCUGGUCAUCCUGUCUAUGGUGGAUCGUGCAGGUGUGUGUGAGCUGGCUAUGGGAGGCGUCUUCUACGUGGUGGGGGUGGUCUUCUUCAAGAGCGACGGCCUCAUCCCCUUCGCCCACGCCAUCUGGCAUCUCUUUGUUGCCGUCGGAGCAAGCGUCCAUUACUACGCCAUCUGGAGGUACCUGUACCUGCCGGGAACGCUGCUGCAGACGUCGAGGUGAUCGGCUGCUUUCAAGGGCGACACCUCACACACAAACACGCUCGUUGUCUAAACACGCGAGUGCAACUGUACGUCUCCACAUGGAGACACGGACGUAAGCCAUGACUGUUAUCACUACAACUGACUCACAAGACCCAACAUCCGGGCUGGUGCUGAUGAUUUUAACCUUUGAACACUUAGUAAAGAAAGAAAAUAUAUAAUUCCUGGACCAAACCUGCACAAAAAUGUAACUUUAAUGAAAGACAGUUACCCCUGAUUAACUUCCAUAAAGACUGUUAAUAGUUUAGAUAAUUAGUAAAAAAAAAAACAUUUAAAGCAGCACAAAGGAGUUUUAUUCAGGUUGAAAUCUGAGGGAUUAUUUGCUUACUUUUAGUGAGCAUCAUUUAGCAGGAAUGAUGUUCUGCACCCACCGUCUGUAAGGACGUUCAGGCCGUCAUCCAGGGACGAAACAGAACCAUAGUCACCUACGUAACCUCUGUUAACUAGGCAAGACUGAAGAUGAGGACCUGAGUCAGGUUCUUGUUCAGUCUGAGGCGUUGCAAAGGGAGUCAUACAACCAGGAGCACAAUUACUGGAAAAGAGACGUGUGCGUUUUAAGCAUUUAGAGUUGGACGUCGUGUAAUGUUUCUGGUGACGAUACCAAGGAACGGUGCGUAACCCAGGAAUGUGGAUGAGAAACAACUGCUCACAAAAAUGAUUACGCUCAACUCAGGUCAUGAAGACCCAUAAGUAACUCGUAAGAAUGUUAAAACACAACGUAGAGCAAACAAAUAAAUCCGACAGCAUCAUAAAAGGACUCAGCUUCCCCUCCUGGAGAGGGUUUUUAAGCUUAAACAUUGCACAAGCUGCUGUGUGCUUCAUUAAAGGAAUAAGGAGUAGUUUGACAUUUCGGUUAAUGCACUUAUCUGCAUUCUUUCAAAUUUACACAAAAAAUUAAUCUUCUCCCUGCAAACGUUGUAAGCACAUUAGCUGUUUUGACUCCUUGCAGUCCUGUAUCGGCGUCUGCUUAGCGUCUAGGCGAAAUUCUGCAGCACAAACCUGAACAUAAAUAUGAAUAUGAAUAUAUAAAUAUGUCUGGCCCAAACAGAGGUCCGAUCUCAGCAUCACAGAGAUUUACGGGUGCACGGUGAGAAGAAAAACUAAAGUCCCUAAAAGACUCGGACGUCUGCAGUGAACGUCAGAAGAAAGGUGUGACGACAAGAAUAGCUGCAGCUUUAAAUGGAAAUGCAGAAUCAAACCAAAGCUUUGGCUAAGGUGCUUUUUAAGGGUACAACACACGUCAAAUAAAAGCUACACACAUGCAUCAUCGUCUAAAGAAUCGUCACCUCACGCGUAGAGCCUCAAACACCUGUAGCUACAGCGGACACAUGAGGUCUCAGCUCGUCAAGGAGACGUGAAGAGAGGAGAAACAGUCGAGUCCGGCUGUGCUCAGAGAUAAGAGAAAUGCCUCCCAGCAACCCUAAAACCAUGAGGUUAUCACUGCCUGCAGCAAACCAGACUCCAGCACGUCUCCGCUUCUGUUCAGAAACACCAAAGCAGCUGCUUCAAGUUCAAAGUUCGGGCAUUAGUCAUGUUGGUAUAGUCGUCUUCCCCAAAAUGCUAAAAAACUCCUCCUUGGUGACGAUGUGCUAAAACGUACCACACGGACAUUCCUUUACAUCGGUGCUAACAUUCACAUUUAGUUCCUGAAACUAGUGGAAACUUAUGACAGUAAAAUGAAGGAACUAUAGGGACGUUUCACCAGAGAAAAUGUGAGAUCCAUGUAUUUAUAUGCUGCCAGGUCACAACAUGAGGCAUAGAUGGGGUUCAUGCCUCUGCAUCAGGACCACUAGGGUCACGUCUCACGUCUGGGGGAUAAACUGGUGUGAAUCAACGCGUUUAUUUCUGAGGAAACCGUGUUUAUAAAGAUAAACGGUCAUCUGUUAAACUGAGGGCCUCAGGAAAAACCCCACUCUGAUUUUUAUCUGCUUUGAUUCUUCCUCUGACCUUUUUAUCGUGAUUAUUUGAAAUAGUGGUUGAAACAGAGAUCAUUACAGAACAUUAUCAAUAAAUUGGGGCAAAAUGUUCGGUCUGCAACAAAUGAGACUUUAGAUUCUUGAGUACUUUGAGACUUUGAUCGCCAGUGACUUUUUGCACUCUAAUCAAUGAGCACUUUUGUAUCAAAAGCAGUGAUGUUGAUGUAGGUUUUAUAAAAAUAAAAUGACAAAAUUAACCUCCGAACACAAUAUAAAUGUAGAUUGUAUCUGCAGAUGUGUUAAUGUUUAUGAUUAAUUGAGCAAUGUGUUGGUCACGGUUGCAAGUUUUCUACAGCAGUUUCUGUUUAAACUUUUAGAAAACAGAGCCCUUACUCAGGAAGUGACUAUUUUUAACCUUUGUUUUUAAAUCAGAUGGUAUAUUUUGUAAAAUUAUAUAUUUCUGUGAAAUCACUUUAUUAAAGAAGAGACACUUGUAAA